AUGCAGACAAAAUGGGAGAAAAUCCUGCUGGAAGUGACGACGAUCUGAAUACACUCUUUGACCGGGUUUCCAAUAAACUCGGUUGGAAGUGUGACGCAAAUUUUGACGAGUUAUUUGAACAGCUUUCCCAAAGCACAAAGAAAAAGAAGAGCAAACGAGUGACUGCCACAACUAAGAAAAAGAAGAAGAGCCAAACGACAACCAAAAAGAAAGCUCGAGACCCUUCAAAUAAACAGAGCAAGCCUUCUGGGACACCACCAUCCUCAAGCGGGUUAAGUGAUCCAAGUCAGGAUUCUUCAUCCUCUAAAGCUGGCGUCAGGUAUGGUAUCUCCAGAAGUUUGAAGUUGGAGUUCCAGGCAGAAAAAUCUUGCAGUGCCGACAUUUCAGUUGCCCGCGAAGAGGAAGGCAAAACUGAUGAAGUCUUGAGAGAUACAGCUCCUGUUGGUUCUGCAGAAAUCCACAGUGAUUCAGUUGCUUUACCUAGCUUUCAUGAUGAUGCUUGGAGGACUGGGUUUGAAUGGGAGGAACAUCCUUCACAGGAUGAGCCUGAACAUGCAGAUGAGCCCUCUAGAGGGUCGGAAGGGGAUAGGCAAGAGAAAACAGGACAUUCCAGCGACUGCAGCGAGGAUGAGACAUUUAAAAAUAAGGAAAAUGAAGCUCAAUCCAUAAAUGAAAGGACAUCCAGCAGUGAUGAAGAUGUGAUAUCCAGUAACAGAAAACUUAGCGAAAGCUCUUACAAGGGUAUCGGUACUUCUACAGGGGCAGCAGAGAAAGAUUCUGAAGAUGAUGUUUCAAAAAUCUUCACUGAAGACUUUACAGAGUCACCUCAACCUAUGAAGUGGCUCAUGUCCCCUCCUUCAAAGCCCAGCUCAUCAGUGCCACUUCCACGUCAAACUUUGAACUCUGACAGCAACGAUGAUGAAUCCAACAUUGACUCUAACGAUGACAAUGACGAUAUUGGGGAUAUUUUUGGUGCUAACAUUCCAAGUUUAACUGAAAGGUUGGCACGAAAUCAUCUCGAGAACAAGAGGAAGGACACUGCAAGCAGGAAGAACAGAAGGAGAAGUUGUGCUAACCCAAGAGCUGCUCCACUUGUAUUGGACAAUGAAUGGAUGGAUGAAGAAAAAGAAGAACUAAGUGGGCAGGAGGAUAAGGGUGAUGAUGAAAUCCUUGGAGGGGAGACGAGGUUGGAGGCUGAAGACGAUGGAGAAGAGAAAAGAAAAGCAAGUGACAGGGAUGAGGAGGAGGUAGCUGAAGUUGGUGAAGUUUUCGAGGAUCAAGAUCGUGAUCAAGUGUUACAGAAGAAAGACAGAGAGACCCUCCACACCAAUGCAGAAUCUUUUCGGAAAGCAAGGACCAGACGUCAAGACUCUUCAAGCAGCGAUGAUGACUUUGAAUCAUUCCUGAAAGCUGUCAAGACACCCCAACAUCCAAAGCAGCAGGGCGGACAAUCGGACUCGGAGGAGGGCGUCUAUGUGGUUGAUGAUGAUGACGAUGACUUCAUCAAUGACACGCCCCUCGAUAGCAAGAGUGAUGACGACAACGACAAUGAUGUCUUCUAUCAUAAGGUCAUCAAUCUGGAUAAUCCACUUACGAGUGGAAAGAAAACAACUAAGAAGCAUCCAACCGUGGGCAGUCGCUCUGGAAGCAUCCUCAGCCAGCUUCUAUCCUCAGAUGACGAUGAAGACGUCUUUGUGAUACCAAAUCACACACCCUCUGUCAGAAAACCAAGUUCAAAAGUAUCCACUUCAACCACCUCAUCAAAGAAAACCCCAGCCAAGCAGCGACGCCCGCUCCACCCUACCACUCUGCCCACCAACCGAUGCUUCAGCACCCCCUCCCGCACCGAGCGACCCGCCCCGGUGUCGUUCCUUGCCUCUCUCUCCACCCCGGGGAAGGGAAUGUCCACCAGGUCGAGGUACGUGAGCGACUUCAAGAGGAACAAGGACGAGCUCACUCAGAAACUCUUCAAGCUGUACAAUGAAAGUGUCUUCGAGAACAAGCUACCAUCUGAUUUCAGCGUCACAUGGAACAACAGGAUGAGGAAGACCGCUGGAUUCUGCUUCUACAAGAAGAGGCUUAGUGAGAGGACAGCUAGGAUUGAGCUCUCAGUCAAGGUGUGUGACACGGCUGAACGUCUGAGAGACACAUUGGUUCAUGAGCUUUGCCAUGCUGCUGCCUGGCUGAUUCAUGGUGUUAGUGAUGGUCAUGGAAAGUACUGGAAAUACUGGGCUGCCAAGUCCAAUCUUGCCCACCCCGAGAUCCCAGUCAUCAAGCGAUGUCACACCUAUGAGAUCACCACCAAGUUCAAGUACAAGUGUGUCCAGUGUGGGAACAUUAUUGGUCGGCACUCCAAAUCUGUGGACACCAAGAGGUUCUGCUGUGCCUACUGCAACGGGCGCCUGGAACUCCAGCCCACCUUGCGGAAGGACGGCACCCCGGCCAGGGCCCGGGGACCCAACCCCUUCGCCGCCUUCGUGAAGGAGAACUACGCCUCGGUGAAGAAGACCCACGGGGCUGCCAAACACGCUGAAGUGAUGAGACUCCUCAGCCAGGAGUUUGGUUCUAAAACCAAGAUCACAGAUGCAUGAAGAUAUUGCAACAAGUCUUGUUGAAAGACAUAAAUAAGAAGCAUAGAGGUCAUACAGGGGACUUUCUCCAUUGGCUCUAUGUAUUUCACUAGUUCUGUAGCAUUGGCAUAUCAGUAUGGAAGCAUAAAGUGCAUCACUUUUUUCAGUUGGCCAAGAAGAAAAGAUUACAAUGUUUUGAAAGAAAAGGUAAAAGAAGUGGAGUUUUAUUCCAAUCAAAGAGCACAAAGCUCUUGAAAAAAAAGCAUAAUUUUUCAUACUUUUAACAGAUAUAUUCAUUAUUUUCAAGUAAAAGUAUGUUUUGAUAUUCAUAAAUCAUUGUUUGAAAGAUAUUAUUCACCAAAACCGGCUGUUGCCAAGAAGGCUGAAAAGAUAGUAUUCUUUUUUUAACAGAAGAGAUAUAUUAUUUGGAAGAAAAAAAAGUGAAUAGAGAGAUAAAGAUAUUCUUCAAAGAGAAAUUUUCAUUUUGAAACUAAUUUACAUAUAUCACAAUAUGUGAGCCAAGUUCAUAUGUCAUUAAACAAUGGAAAUGGGUAAUCUAGUUGUUCAAAGUUUUGGUGAGAGAGAAUUAAGUUUUUACUCUUAAAUUAUGUAAUUCAUUUUUAGCAUGUUAGCAUAUUAAGAUGAUUUCUGAAUUGAUUUUAUCAAAAUGCUUUACUUCAAAUUCAUGCAAAGAAUAAUUUCCAUUAUCAACAUUUUACCAUUGUGUCAAUUAUGUGUAGUACAGUGCAUUCAUUUUGCCAUUAUUGUGCCAAUUAUGUAUAGAGCCUUGCAAUUUGAUGUAUGUAUCUCUUUUUGUUUGCUAAUCCAAAUCUUUGCAGUAUUAUGUGUACAAGGAAAUAGAAAUGUGGGUUUGGUAGCAUGUAUUAAAAAAAAAGUCAAUGCAUAAUUAUGUGGUGAAUGAGAUUUUGUAAAUAUUGUCCAUUGACCUUUGUAUGUACAUGCACUUGUACUAUUAAAUUUAGGAAUGUAUGCCUGAACAAACAUUUCCCUCUCAAUAUCGGAGCUUUGAAAAUAUUAAGAAUGUGUUCCGUACACUGUUUAACAAGAUGAAAUUAUCAUUCUAAAACCCAAUUGCAAUCCUUAACCCCAAAAAAGGAUCACACUUAUGACUCACGUAAGUCAGUGCUUGUCGUAGAGUAAUAAAUAAAAAAUGAUUGUUAUGGUAAUCAUCAUGUUUGUGAUUUGCAUUGUUUAGAAUUAUGAUAAAUGAUCUAGUAAUUACCCGACCAGGAUAGACGUCAUAAAGAAUAGUAUCUAGGACUUUGUCAAUGAAGCUGUUUUUGAGCUGUAAUCAGUGAAACCUUAAAUGCAAAUUGAUUGAUUAUCUUAAAAAGGUACUUUUGUCAGGUUUUUAUUUAAACAGGUAUAUCAUGGAAAGAAAUGUUGUUUUUACAGUAUUUGUAUUUGUAAUCUACAAUAAUGACUGUCAUCAAAUUUGAUAAUUAUGAUACAUUCUCUUGUGCCAGUUGCUCUGCUAUCAGCAUCUUACACAAUUGGACCAAACACUGUAUCUAACCCAAACCCUAACCUAAAACCCAAUUGAAAACCUAACCCUAACCUAAAACUGAAUUACAACCCUAACCCUGACCCUAACCCUAUAUUUCUCUAACGAAUAAAGCCUGGAGUAAUUGUUGCUGAAGCCUAGGUUGGUAUGCUGGUUUAAAAACCCAGACUUCAUACAUUACCCCAGGUAGUUGUACAAUAUCAUAUUACUUUGUAUUUACAUUUUGAAUGCAAUUUCGUAUACAUACUCAUUACUGGGCCCUGUCUUGUAAAGAGUUGAUAUUAAUCACAACUAUGAACAUAAGAGAAAAGGAGACUGUAAAUUUGCGAUUGAUUAGAGGACUUUUUUUUAAAUAACUCUUUCUAAGACAGGGCCCAGAUCUACCACUCGUUUACCUCAGGAAAGAAAAAUGACUUGAUCUGCCCAGUGAUUUUUAAACACAAACUUGUAUAUACAUGUAUGCCUGUGUGAGUAGGAGUGGUGUUGUGCAAUGUUUUUGAUAAUAAAGUGCACAGCACA